UCUGUUAAACGCUCUGAGAGCCACUGUUGACAGUGAUAGAGCUUUCACACAGUCGACAUUCAGUCAGCGUGACAUGCGUUUUUGUUGUUAGUUUUUCAGGGGCUAUAAUUGCUAAGCGAUUGCUGUUGGUCGUUAUCUCCAGCAUUAUUUCCUAGUUGCCACUGGUAUUUACUGGCAAACGGACGUCAUUUGGAUUGGAGCUUAUACCACGAAGUGCUAUAAUUUUGAGCCUAUAUCAUAAAAACGAAUUCUGUGGCUGAGAGCACUUUUGGAGAGGGAACAUGGCUUCAAAUGGAAUGGAAAGUAUGCAGUUAGCGGAGGACCAGAUUAAAAUUCUGGAGGAGAAUUUCAACAGAGUCAGCAAGCAUCCCGACGAGUCGACGCUCAUGUUGAUCGCAGCUGAAAGCGGACUAACCGAGGAAGAGACAGCGAAAUGGUUUAGGCUACGCAACGCACAGUGGAGACAGGCCGAGGGCCUUCCAGCUCAACUGGGAUCAGUGAAAGACUGAGAUUGGAAUGGCGUAGGAAACCUCCCCCUCAUCCCGUUGCUCCUCCGACCCACCCACCACGCCCUUACUGACCAAUCCCCACUUCC